CAGAGCCGCCAAGAUGACGGACCGCUCCACUUUCGACACCAAUGUCAUCACCAUGACCCGCUUUGUAAUGGAAGAGGGCAGGCGAGCGAAAGGCACUGGGGAGUUCACGCAGCUCCUCAACUCCCUCUGCACAGCCAUCAAAGCCAUCUCCACCGCCGUCCGUAAAGCGGGCAUCGCCAACCUCUAUGGAAUUGCUGGGUCUACCAAUGUGACAGGAGAUCAAGUAAAGAAACUGGAUAUUCUUUCCAAUGACCUGGUGAUUAACAUGCUCAAGUCGUCCUUCAGUACAUGUGUUAUUGUGUCAGAAGAAAACAAAGAUGCUGUGAUAGUGGAAGCUGAAAAAAGGGGUAAAUACGUAGUCUGCAUAGACCCUCUAGAUGGAUCUUCAAACAUUGACUGUCUUGUUUCCAUUGGGACCAUCUUUGGCAUCUACAAAAAGGUGUCCCCCGAUGAACCUUCUGCGAAAGAUGCUUUACAGCCUGGGCGUAAUCUUGUGGCAGCUGGUUAUGCUCUCUACGGGAGUGCCACAAUGCUGGUACUGGCUACUUCUGCUGGAGGUGUCAACUGUUUUAUGCUGGAUCCGGCUAUCGGGGAAUUCAUUUUGGUGGACAGGGAUGUGAAAAUCAAAAAGAAGGGAAAUAUCUACAGUCUCAACGAAGGCUAUGCUAAAUACUUUGAUCCUGUAAUCACUGAAUAUAUCAAAAAGAAGAAAUUCCCUGAGGAUGGCAGCUCACCGUAUGGUGGGAGGUACAUUGGAUCUAUGGUGGCUGAUGUGCAUCGCACAUUGGUGUAUGGAGGAAUCUUUCUGUAUCCUGCUAACUCCAAAAGUCCCAAAGGAAAGCUGAGGCUGCUCUAUGAAUGCAAUCCUAUGGCUUUUGUUAUUGAGAAGGCUGGGGGAAUAGCAACAACUGGGCACCAAGCAAUACUGGAUAUAAUGCCUGAGGACAUCCACCAAAGAAUGCCUGUUAUCUUGGGAUCUCCUGAUGAUGUGAAGGAAUACCUUGAGAUAGUCAAGAAGCAUUCAUCUAAGUAAAGAAUGCUUACUGAAGUCAUUGUGUGGAUGGGAAGAAAUGCCUUACAGCUGGACCAAAGAGCCACCUGCAGUACUGCAAGAUGGAACUGCCUGAUCUCUGUAGCAAAAGAGAAAAUGAACCAUAUUUUCCUACCAUUUAUUUUUUAAAUUAAUAUUGUGCAAAGAAAGGCAUUAAAAGAGUUGCAUUAAAGGGAGAGUUAGAAGUAAAACCAAGGGGAAAAUAUGUUUGCUUUAUCAUGUGAUUACAAAAAAGACACUGUGCUAUACAAGGAAAUACUGUGUUGAAUUCAGUAAUUAGGGAAAGACUCAGCUUUCUUAGACAAGCUGCAGCCUAUCACUAGAAUGUCUGACUCGGUCCUCUUCUAAAAGUCGUGUAGGGAUGGCUCAGCAGCCUCUUAUAGUGAGUGGCUCUUCCUAGACCAGUUUCCAGUUCUUUGGGGAUAAAUAUAAAUGCUUCACAUGUUGUUUCUAGGCUCCAGAAGCUACUUAAUGUACUUCAUGUUUGGCUUACUCUUACUAAGAAUUAACACUUGUGAAAUACCUCUGUUAGUGUUUGUUAAUUCUAACACAUACUGUUAAUGUUGGAAAUUGGCUAUCAGAUUCAGUUACACAAGGAUAGAAGUGACAUUUUGAAGGUGGAUUUUGAACUGUGUAAGGUGCUUAUGUAAACCACUUUGUACCAUUUUGCUGUGAAAUUAGAAAGGAAUUAGAAAUUGCCAGAAAUUAGCCUGCUUGCUUGAUUAAAAAGUGAACCUAUAUGUUACUAGCAA